UGGAUCCUCUUUCUCAAUAAAAGGUCUGUUCAAACCCAGACUGAAAGGGAGUGAGAGAUUGAUAUCGUACGGAGCUGUUGGGUUUGGAUAAGGUGUGGCACAGAGCUGUCCCCUGCAGGUGUGCGGGCAGACAGCACACACACACACACACACACACACACACACCACCUGCUGCUACACAGAGAAAGGAAAACCCCAGCACCGCAGGAGACUCAGGCGAAGAUGAACUGGGGCUUUUUGGAGAACGUCCUCAGUGGGGUGAACAAGUACUCGACGGUGAUCGGGCGCAUCUGGCUGUCCGUGGUCUUCCUCUUCAGGAUCCUGGUGUACGUGGCGGCGGCUGAGCAGGUGUGGAAGGAUGAGCAGAGGGACUUUGUGUGUAACACCCGGCAGCCCGGCUGUGAGAACGCUUGCUUCGACCACUUCUUCCCCAUCUCACAGAUUCGCCUCUGGGCCCUGCAGCUCAUCAUGGUGUCUACCCCCUCCCUGCUGGUGGCGCUGCACGUGGCCUACAGGGAGCACCGGGAGGCAAAAUACAAGAAGAAGCUGUACAAGAACAAAGGGAGCCUGGAUGGAGGUCUGUUCUUAACUUACAUCGUCAGCCUGGUCUUCAAGAUAACCUUCGAGGUGGGAUCCCUGCUCGCUUUCCACUUCCUGUACAACGGCUUCGAGGUGCCCAUGCUCCUGCGCUGCAGCGAGAGUCCCUGCCCCAACACGGAGGACUGCUACAUUGGCAGAGCCACGGAGAAGAAGAUCUUCCUCUACAUCAUGGGCUGCACUUCCAUUGUGUGUAUCUGUCUGAAUUUUGCAGAACUCAUGUACAUUAUUUGGAAGCAUCUAUGGAAAUGUUUCACCAGGCGCAACGCCCCUGUGCGGAGGACCAUCAGCCAGCCAGCUGUUUCCAUUGUCAACCAGUUUGCCUCCUCUGAGCCCACAGUAAACACAGAGGAGGCCACACUGAGCCUGCAGGCAGAGGAAAACCGGCCCGUCCAGUCCUUAAGGCCUAGCGUGGUUCACAUCGCAAAGUGAAACCUGGCACACACACACACUGCUCACUGUCAGUGUUUCAUUUCAUUUCCCUUUCAUUUAUUCACAGGUUAAAUUAAAAUACAGGUACACUCAGUGUUUAAAUUGGCUUUUGUAAAGUGGGGGAGCCCUUCACUCGCAGUGAUCAAUGUCGCGAAACAUUUCUACUAUAUGAAUACACUGCUACUAACACACCGUUAAUUCACAUUGUGUUCUUUAUUAGUUAUUUAUCUCAUAUGCACAUAUCACAACAAUAACAUAACCCAUUUGUCCUUUGACAAGUCAUUUUGUUUGGCAAUAGGCAGCAGUUUUAAUGAGCAGUUUAGUUGCAAUACAUACUGUGGCCACCAUCCUACACAGUGCACCUUCAAUUCAUGACAUUCCAAAUGGCACUCAUGUCAAGCUUGUGGUGGCUUUCAUGCCUCACUUUACAAGACAUAUGGUCUGCAGACCGCCGGGUCAUAACUCCAGUGGUGGGCCCACUAAGUUAAUGAACAUUAAAUAUGACAAAUUCUCAACUUUUAGUUGAUUGCGAAUGGGUGAAAUUAUGUUGUUCAUUAGGGAGAACCCUCUUUCACACUCUGCAGUACUGACGGCCAGUGUGUCUCCUGCAUGUUUCAACUGUAUCAGUCCUCCUUUCAGUGGCAAGCCACUGUCCUUAAGGUCUCUGAAAUCUUGCUUGACAUUUGAGAAGUGGAUUUUAAGACGGGUACAAAGCAGCCUUAAUUCGGCCUCUCCAAAUAAGACUGGCACAGUUGGCCAGGUUUCGGGAUUAAGAAUAUUCAGCAGCUCAUAAAGUUCUAGUUCACCCUCUGUGACCAUCCUGGACAGCAUGCUAUUACUCAAAGUGUGAAAGAAUUUCUGAGGUGGAAUCAAUGUUUGCCUCCCACCUGUUCUCACUGGCACCCCUUUGAAAACACCUUCUUCAACACCCUGACAAGCAAGUUUAUAGUAUGCCCCUUUUUCCUCCCCCAUUGCUGAAAAAAUCUCAGCCUGUCUUUUUAUUUUUUUCAUCGCUUCAGAGAGACGGAUGUCUCUGCAUUGUAAUGCUUCUGAUAAAUCUUUAAGUUCCUCCAAAGCAUCAUACAUAAGUCCAAGAUUUUUAAUGAAGUCUGCAGAUGACAGUUUAUCUCCCAGGCCUUCAUACAUACACCUCUCUAAAGAGGUUCUAGCCGAAUCUUGACUAGCACUUGUGAAGUGCUUGUGCAGGGCACUAUACAUGUUCCACACAGCCUCAACAGUUCUGUAGGAGGAAGCUACCCACCUCACACCUAAAACCCGACCUAUCCUCCGCAAUUGUGUUCCCACUGAUGCUGCAGCACUGUUAAGUUCUCUGAUGUUUUUGGGUGAUUGGCUGUAAAGACUGAACAAUUUGUCGAGGAAGCUUGUAAAGUGGUUAGUCUCAACACAGCACUUUACUGCAUCACCAACUGAGAGUUCCAACCUAUGAUUGAGACAGUGCCAUCCCACAAUGUCAGGGUAUUUUGCUUUAAGUUUUGCAUAUACGCCUGCCUUUUUACCCAGCAUCACUGAUGCCCCAUCUGAGCAAAAUCCAACAAAACAGUCCUUCAGAAAGUCAUCAUCUAGUCCAUUGUCCACGAGGCACUGGAUCAAUGCAUCAGUAAUGCCAUCUGCUGUAGUUUUUUCCAGCUCAAUGACAUUUAAGAAAAAUGUAAGUGGGUCUGCAUUUGCCACAGAUGCUCGUAAGUAUAUAACAAGACAGGAUUUCUUACUCACUGUAGUGCUUUCAUCCAUCAGGAUAGACCCCUUGGGCUUUGUACGCCUGAUACUGGACAUUAGGGAUUUCUUCAUCUCUUCAGCAAUAAAAUGAACAAUGUCAGUGCAUACCACAUUACUGUGGAGGACUCUGCCCAUGUUGAGCCCAUUGAGUGUUUGUAAGUCUAUGAGGCCGGUGAUCUGUAAACGGUCGGUUAUUUUUGGCAAUAUAAUAUGCCGUUCUGAAGACCUUUUCAGUUGUGCUCAACUUUUCUUGCUGUGCUCUGAGAAAACUGUCUUCUAAUGAAGCCUCAGGUGUUUUCUGAUAAACUGACUGAGCUAGCUUGUGACUGUGGGAGGUUUUGUGGUCAUGUAGUUUUUUUCUCAAUGAUUUCAUUUGCUUAUCUUUUGUGUUUCCAUAAGGAGUUACUCUGGCAUUUUGCCAUUCAGAAGAAAAGGAAUGCCUUAUGGGUCCUGACUUAAAAACUCCUGCUGAAGCUGCAUCCCUACAAACCUCACAUCCUAGGGCUUUAUUUGAAACAUAUAUGAAAGGGAAUUUGGUCUUGAAGUGUUCAUAUUGUUUUAAAUUCCAGCAUAUUGGCAAAUUGCUGCUGGAGGGGUCUGUAGCUGGGCCUGCUCUGCUGCUGGAGGGGUCUGUAGCUGGGCCUGCUCUGCUGCUGGAGGGGUCUGUAGCUGGGCCUGCUCUGGUUCUGGAGAGGUCUGUAACUGGGCCUGGACUGGUGCUGCUGGAGGGGUCUGUAGCUGGGCCUGCUCUUUUGCUGGAGGGGUCUGCAACUGGGCCUGGACUGGUGCUGCUGCUGCUGGAGGGGUCUGUAGCUUGGCCUGCUCUGGUGCUGGAGAGGCCUAUAGCUGGGCCUGGACUGGUGCUGCUGCUGGAGGGGCCAGCUGUAGCUGGGUCUGCUCUGGUGCUGCUGCUGGAGGGGCGAGCUGUAGCUGGACCUGCUCUGGUUCUGGAGAGGUCUGUAACUGGGCCUGCUCUGGAGCUGCUGCUGGAGGGGUCUGUAGCUGGACCUGCUCUGGUUCUGGAGAGGUCUGUAACUGGGCCUGCACUGGUGCUGCUGCUGCUGGAAGGGUCUGUAGCUCGACCUGCUCUGGUUCUGGAGGGGUCUGUAGCUGGACCUGCUCUGGUUCUGGAGGGGUCUGUAGCUGGGCCUGCACUUACUCCUUUGCUGCUCCUGACAGUGGUACUGUUAAAUGCAUAAAAUAUGAUGGUUACCAAUUCUAAACACUGUAUUAAAUAUGGCUGGGUUUUUUGUUGAAAAAUGACCUCAACAUACCCACUGAAAAAGUCCCUCAGUGUCCGCUUCAUUGUCAGAGUUACAGCGUCUGAACAGAAAAAUCAAGUUAAAUACCAAUGUAUGUGGGGGUGGUCCACUAUGCACAGGCUCACAAACUUGAAUGUAGUUAAAAUCAACAUGAGCUACAGUACAGAAUGAAAAAGAAUCGAGCUACCUAAAGACAUUGUGGCACUGAAUCCAUCUGAUGUUAUGACUGUAACAAGCGAAGCAACAAUAAGUCUUUCAAAAGCCUACCCUACCAACACUGCCAUUUACCAUGUGUGCUGAAGUAGGUUACCACUCAUCCUUUCCAUUAGAAAUAACUGAUUUGUAACGAAUAACGAAGUUUAGCGACCUCAUAACUUUGGCCAAACUCAUAGGACUGGGAGUCGAGCACGCUAUCCAGGCUGGUGGUUGUCUCACUAGCAAGAGAGACGUUUGCUAGUUUCCAUACGCAAAGCAACGUUGCAGCAGGCAUUCGCUCAAUCAGUUAGCCAACUCUUUCUUUUUUAAAACAUUCUGAUGUGAUAUUUAACUAGCAGGCUAGAACCCACAGAAUAACUAACUUGGUAAAUGAACAAUCUGACAGAAAUACAGCCUGAAAUACGAACUUGAGGGUGAUUUUUAUUUCUCGACUGAGAGACGUCUGUU